AUGCUAGACCCGUUAACCUUUGGACUAGGGAAAAAGGUUGCUCCUACAUCUAUAGCGUCUCCUGCUGCUACAUCUAUAGCUCCUGCUGCAGCUCCAUCCAUAUCUCCUCCUGCGGCUACAAGUACAAAUCAUUCAAGACGUGCAUCUUCAUCUCCCUCUCGAAAUUCUUCUCGAGCAAGAACACAGGAAACAGAUACCGAAGGUGGUGGCCGGACACAGGUGCCACCCACAGGUGCCACUCGCAUACAACCUACGAGAAAAGUCAAACACAAAUCUCAAACACUAAAUGCACCGUAUGUGAAACUCACGCCAAUUUCGGAUGAUCAGUCAGAUCUUAUGGACGUCGACUCAAUGGAAGAUGAGAAGACUGUCCGGUCAAAUACAUCUUCCAUAAUGAAACCUCCAAUCAUCGGUCAAGGGUGUGGAAAUCCUGUUUGCGUUAGUUUGAGUGAAAACGAUCACGGAUGCGUGGAUGCAUCUCCGGAUCCAGAAACAGGUCACAUCAGCGUGACGGAAGCUACGUUUUUAUGCCCCAGAUGCCAUCGCGUCAGACGUCUCGCAAUGAAUGAUUUCUUGCAUCGCAACUAUUUCCCAUUGCUUGCGAUCUUCUUAUCAUGGAGUGGCUUCCGAACUCCAUUCCCUACACACAUCAUUAAGUCAACGCUGGAGGAACAUUUUCGUCGAGACACAACCAGGGUGCGGAUUGUCACACGUGCACUGAAAGCGGGCAACAAUCGUCCAUCGGCCAUGAAGCCUCAUUUCGAUUGGUUGCGACAAAUUUCCUAUUUGGCAAAUAUGUUGAUAUUUGUGAAUACACACUCGGAUGCAAACACGGGACAUCUUGUGGUGGCAGGAAAUGAGCACAAUCCUCUGUCAGUCCCAAUCAAUGAGCUUCUAUCGAAUUACAUCGGCGACGACAAUUUAAGGGAUGCAGCACAUGCUAUCUCUGCCAUUAACAAGAGGCCAAGUGUUGGGCCCUGCAUGCGUGGCAUGAUUAUCUGCGCAUGUGGAUCCACAGGACGAGUGACUGACAGUGCCUAUCUACUGAAACGGAUUGUUGAAAAGUAA